AAUGAAUAAGACAAUACCAGCAAUCGUUAUAUUAAAUUUUGUGAUCAUUCUUAAUAUAUUAACGUUUAUCAAUGGCCAAAAUAAUUAUAAAAGAUAUGAAGGUUAUAAAAUCUAUGAAAUACACUAUCAAAAUGAAAAUCAAAGAGUAAAAUUUUACAAUAAUUUUCCCAAUAUGCCACAGCCGUUAACAAUGCAUAGAAUGAAAAGAGAUAGUUCAAUGCGGCUACUAAUGUCUGCGACGGAUGAAUUGGAAGUUUUGAAAUAUCUGAGCAAUUUCGCAAUAGACUUUGAAAUAGUCAACCACAAUGUAGCAGAGAGCAUACGAAAUGAGCGUAAAGCUACGCAAAACAAAUUCUCUUCUUUAUCUAACACUAUCAGUUUCGAAAGUUAUCAACGUUUCGACGUUAUCAAUAAUUAUAUGGAGUACUUGAAAAUGCAAUACCCAGAACGGGUAAAACUAAUAACCGUAGGUAAAUCCUACGAGGGUCGUGAUUUGAAAGCAGUUCUAAUAACAAACAAUACUGAAGCAGAAACGACGGACAAGCCUUUAAUAUUAAUAGAUGCCGGCAUACAUGCCAGAGAGUGGAUAGCACCGGCAACAGCUCUCUUUGCUAUGCAACAACUCAUGGAGAAUAGCUCGUAUUACGAACGGGAGCUCACAAUGUACGAUUGGCUUAUUUUGCCUCUGGUAAAUCCCGAUGGUUAUGAAUAUUCUCAUGAUCAUGACCGUAUGUGGCGUAAGAAUCGCAAACCUUCGAAUUCUUCAAAUUGUGUGGGUGCCGAUUUGAACAGAAAUUUUGAUUACUAUUGGUCUUAUUCAGGUGUUUCGAAAAAUUCUUGCUCGGAAAUUUAUCCCGGUGUGGAGGCCUUUUCUGAACCAGAAUCACAAGUUUUAAGAGAUUUGUUGCACAGUAUUAAUGCUACAUGUCGUAUGUAUUUAACUUUGCAUUCCUAUGGCAAUUAUCUGCUUUAUCCUUGGGGUUAUGAAAAAUCCCUACCCUCAUCUUGGCCGUAUCUAGAUGCUGUAGCACGUGCUGGAGCUCGUGCAAUUAAAAAGCCUUCGGGUACUUUUUAUUCAGUGGGUGGUGCUGCAAAUGUCUUGUAUCCGGCUUCAGGAGGUAGUGAUGAUUAUGCUCUUGCUAUGGCCAAAAUUCCAGUUGUUAUUUGCAUGGAAUUACCAUCAGGUGGCAAUGGUUUCGAUCCACCAUCCGAUAAAAUUCAAUCAAUCGUUGAGGAAUCUUGGUUGGGAAUACGAGCUAUGGCUUUGGAGGCCUACGAGUAUCCCCUUAGAAAUGUAGCGAAUUGUAAUGUGUUUAGUUUGUUCGUUAUGUUGUGCGUAGUAGUGGUUUUAGAAGUUUGAUUGAA